AUGGACGAACAGAGAUAUCUCUACGUCUCUGACAGCAUAAAACAUGAAGUAAGACGAUAUCAAUUGGGUGAGAAGAAUGGCACUCUCGUAGCUGGUGGUAAUGGACAAGGUGAUGGUCUCAAUCAACUCAAUGAGCCGAGAUAUCUCUUUGUCGAUCGAGAUCAUUCAGUGUACGCAUCAGACAGCAACAAUAAUCGUGUAAUGAAAUGUGUGGAAGGUGCAACAGAAGGUAUUGUGAUUGCUGGAGGACAAUGCAAAGGAAAUGCUCUGUCACAAUUGUCUUCUCCUAAGGGACUCUUCGUUGAUACGUUAGGUACACUCUAUGUAGCAGACUCGCACAAUCAUCGUGUAAUGCGUUGGACUCAAGGAGACAAGAAACAAGGCACUGUAGUUGUGGGUGGAAAUGACGAAGAAGCAGAAGCGCAUCAGUUCCGCUACCCCGAGGGUUUGUCUUUCGAUCGGCAAGGUAAUCUCUAUGUCGUCGAUUCUUAUAAUAGUCGUGUUCAACGAUUUUCUAUCUAA